AAAAACUUUUUCUUAAUACUGACUCGUGAAAUAGGCUUAGUUGAAUGUAUAUUACCAAAUAAUGAAGCUUAAAGAUGCUUGAAACCUCUUGAAAGUCUUGCUUGCACACCUUAUUUUUUUCCAAAUGAUAUGCUUGACAUGCAUAAUAAAAAAAACAACUUUGUGUAACUUUUUUGCCUUCACAGAACAGAAGAGAAAAAAAAAAGACGGCUAUUAAGCGCUUCCUUUUUAAAAAUUGUUUCUUUGAAAAAAAUGCAACAAGAAAAGGAAGAUAAUCUUGGACCUUCUCGUCAAAUUGUUCUUGGGCCUGAUCAUGAGUUUCGUUUUGAAGUUGAGUUCAACACUAAAGCUCAAAUAAAGCUUGUCAAAGGAACAGCUGAAAUUUUUGGCACAGAACUAGCUGUUGGCGUCGUCUACACCUUCACUGGUCGAAAGGCAGCUGUCUAUACUUGGCACGGUUGCACCUUGGAAGUCAGAAACACUUUUCUGGUCGAGUAUACUGCCAAUGAAACACCCAUGACCAGCUAUUUAAACACUCACUUGGCUUUAGAGCAGCUUCGUAUUCAAGCUAGAAAAGAAGCAAACACAAUAGGACCGCGUGUACUUGUGAUUGGUCCUCACGAUGUUGGAAAGACAUCACUAUGUAAAAUACUUGUAAGUUAUGCACUUCGACAAGGUGGUGUUCCUAUCUAUGUCUCAUUAGACACAACAGAAGGAUCCAUUACGAUGCCUGGCACUGUAACAGCAACCUGUAUCAACAAUAUCAUUGAUGUAGAAGAAGGCUUUGGAUCUUCUGCCACAACAGCAGCUUCCAUGGGCUCUUCUACAAUGCCUUUGGCUUAUUAUUAUGGAUUUGAAAAUCCUGAUGAAAAUGUCAAACUAUACAAAAUGGUAACAACACAACUAUCAGAAGCUAUCAAACAACGUAUAGCAGUGGACGAAGAAUGUCGUACUUCAGGCUUUAUUAUUGAUACAGCGGGUCUCAUUGACCAUGUUGGCUAUGACAUUAUUCAACAUGUUAUUGAAGAAUUUUCAGUCAAUGUGGUGAUUGUAUUGGGCCAUGAACGAUUGUAUAGUGACAUGACUAGAAUUUUAGCUGGUAAAUCAGUCUCAGUUGUCAAGCUUUCCAAGUCUGGAGGUGUUGUUGAACGCGAUCGUCAAUUCAAGACUCGCCUGCAACGUACUAAAAUACAUGAAUAUUUCUACGGUUCUCCUAAAUGCGAAUUGUCUCCUUACAGUAUGUUGGUCAACUAUGACGAUAUCAAGAUUUGGCGUGUAGGCGAUGUUAUUGCUCCUUCUAGCGCAUUGCCCUUGGGUAUGGACAGUUCUUCUGAUGAAACCCAAGUUGUCAGAGUGGAUAAUUAUGAUAUGUGUCUUCACUCUAUUCUUGCCAUGUUGAAUACAGAAGAUGACGAGCACGAAAACAAGUUGUUGAGUAGCAAUGUAGCAGGAUUUAUUUAUGUUUCUGAUGUGGAUGAAGAAAAGAAGAAAGUGACUAUUUUAUCGCCUUCACCUGGUCGUUUGCCAAAGAAGAAUCUCUUAAUGGGUUCCUUUAAAUGGAUGGAAUCAUGAACACAUAUAGAC